UCAACCAGAAUCUUAUUCGAAUUAAUAUUUUCUCACAGUUGUGAAAACUUGAAGAAAACGCCGUCAUGAGUCUCUCUGCCAAAGACAAGAGCGUGGUGAAAGCCUUCUGGGCCAAAGUCUGUCCAAAGGCCGUCGAAAUCGGAAGUGAAGCCCUGGGCAGGAUGCUGUAUGUGUACCCGCAAACCAAAACUUACUUCUCCCACUGGGCUGAUACGAGCCCUGGUUCCGCCCCAGUUAAAAAACAUGGUGCUGUCAUAAUGGGAGCCGUUAAUGAUUCUGUGGAAAAACUUGAUGACCUGAUGGGCAAUUUCGGAGACCUCAGCGACCUUCACGCUUUCAAACUGAGGGUGGACCCUGCCAACUUCAAGUUCUUUGCCCACUGCCUGAUUGUGGUAAUGGCCAUGUACCACCCUGCAGAGUUCACCCCCGAGGUCCAUGUGGCGGUUGACAAGUUCUUCCAGAACUUGUCAGCCGCCUUGUCUGAGAGGUACCGCUAAACCCCCAGCAGCCAGGAGCAUCCACUCAUUUGUGCGACUUAUAGGAGAAUGGUCAAUAAAAAGAAAUUAUAUUAAAUUA